AUGGACUCGCCAGCUCACGAGCACACCAGGCAAUUUGUCCAGCAGACCGGCGCUGCCACCUUCACACUGGACGGCGAGCGAGGGUCAGGCAAAUCGCAGCUUUGCGCGCAGCAAUCCGACGGACGAUUCACUUGCGUUGAGAUCGCUUUGGAAGCCAAAUCUCUCUUCUCGACGAUGCAGAGCCUUAACUUUUUCUGCACCUUGCCGCAGGAUCCUUCCAAGACACACAUCAAUUGCCAGCGCAUCCCCUCUUCAUAG